AUGAAGCUCAUGCUCGUGGCCGCCAGUCUGGUGGUUGUCUUGGCUUUCGCUCAUGCGGAAGAGGCUAAGGCGGCAGAAAAAGAAGUGGCAGUAUCCGACAACACUGCGGCGGCAGAAGACAAAAAGCACGAAAAACGUGGACUCUUCAACUUAGGCUACGGAGGAUAUGGAGGACAUAGCGGCGGUUACGGCGGAGGCUAUGGUGGUUUUGAAGGCGGUCUGGGAGGAUAUGGGGGUGGUUUCGGUGGUUACGGAGAAAGUCACAAGACUAUCACUGUAGUAAAGAAUGUACCAGUUCCCUAUCCAGUAGAAAAACACAUCCCCUAUCCAGUUGAGAAGCAUGUACCAGUACCAGUUAAGGUACCAGUUCCCCAACCUUACCCAGUCGUUAAACACGUACCUUACACCGUUAAGGAACUAGUCAAAGUACCUGUCCAUGUACCACAACCCUACCCAGUUGAGAAGAAGGUACCUUACCCUGUUCAUGUACCCGUUGACAGGCCCGUCCCCGUCAAGGUAUACGUGCCCCAACCUUACCCAGUAGAGAAAGAGGUACAUGUACCCGUUAAAGUACCAGUCCCAGCUCCUUACCCAGUUGAAAAGAAGGUUCCAUACCCCGUAAAGGUCCCAGUACAUGUACCCGCACCUUACCCAGUCAUUAAAGAGGUUCACGUACCCGUAAAGGUUCCCGUCGACAGGCCUUACCCAGUACACAUUGAGAAACCCUACCCUGUACCAGUUGAAAAACCCUACCCUGUCCCAGUAGAGAAGCCAGUGCCUUACCCAGUCAAGGUUCCUUAUGACAGACCAUACCCAGUCCACGUUGAAAAACCAGUGCCUUACCCAGUCAAAGUACCAGUACCAGCCCCGUACCCCGUCGAGAAGCAUAUCCCCUACCCAGUAGAGAAACCAGUGCCUUUCCCCGUCAAAGUACCAGUAGACAGGCCUUACCCCGUCCACAUCGAAAAGCACGUGCCAGUCCAUAUUGAGAAGCCAGUGCCUUACCCCGUCAAAGUGCCAGUCCCAGUUGUCAUUGGUCACGGUCACGAGUAUGGACAUCAUGGAAGCUACUAA